CAAUAAUGUUACCAUCCUAGGCAAGAAUAAUCUUGGACCAGGCUCCAGUCCACAGACUACUACUACUAGUAGAUCUACUAGUAACAGUAGGUCUACUACGCUCGCCCGAUGGGGACUCUUGGUAUCAAGCAAACUAGAACAAAAAAUAGAAUGAAUUGAGUUAGCAACUAGUUACCUGCUCCUUUGAAUCGUCCUGCAAGUAAGAGAGCCUGGUACUUCGAAAUUCAAAUGAAACACGGCUCCAUUGGUUGACUUUCAGACGGACCAGAUCAGGCGGCCCACGACCACAGGGACUGAUUGGCCCUUCUUCGACGAGCGUAGCACUAUCCAUAGCAAGAGUAUUUCGGGCCUCACGCACAGUCGACCGGUUCGUAAACCAAUAAAUUCUUGAUCUCCUAGCGGCGGACGAGCGUACCACGAAGCAGCGUCAAGAAUCAGCAAUGCCACGAAGCCACUGCACAGACCUUGCUGUAUCGAUGGUCGCCAUAUAUUGGAUGUGCUGUGACAUGGCGUGGGCUGGUGCGCACUCAUUCGAUGCUGUCGACGACAGUGAUCUGCGGGUCAUCAACACCACCGUCAUUGCUGGCCAGGCGGUGAGGCCAGGUCAGAUGGGCUGCUACAACCACACAACAAUGGACCAGGCCGCGCUGGACACUAACAGCACGUUUGUGUUCAUACGAGUGCUGAACGAGAGGACGAGUAUCUUACAGCGCAACUCAUCGCCAUAUCUAACACGCCAGUUUGCGCCGGAGGAUGACGAAAGCCUAGUAUUCUGCCAAUACAUCGAGAGCCCGUACCUGGAAGCCCUGCAUGAAAACUAUACCCAGUUCUACUCAACCCUACCAGCCAUAUAUCGACUAAAUGUACUCUACCCUGUUGCCCUUGUUAGCGCAUUAGUGGUAGACGACGCGCCAGAGCCUUUGGAGAGAGUCCAGUGUCCGUUCCGUGGCUCCGAGCCGGUCCAGUAUCGGUUUUACAUGGGCAUUAGUGAUACGGAGUGCCACGUCUGUAUGAACUUCGGAGACUCCAUUAGUGCAGAGCAGCUGCUGGCGUGUCACACGGCUCGUGACUCGGACUGCUUUGAACCUACUGACCGUGAAGAUACUGUGAGCAUCAAGUUUGGCUGCUACGGCUGUUUGAUGUGCAACGCGAGCAACACUGUGAAUGGAACGACGACAACACACGAACAUCGCUUCAGGCUCGAGAACCCAACAAAAUCUAGAAUUGCACCCUGCGCGCCAACAGAUGACAUCACCACCAAGUUUCUGAUGGAGCCGCCGAUUGUCACACCGUCAUCAAACGUGACGGUGGGAACGCCUCGGGUGAACAUCACGUUCCGCUACACCUGUCGCAACUUCACCUAUUUCAAUCUACACCACGGCCAAGAGCAGAUCAUAGUCAGACCAACGGAUGUUGACCAGAUUCACUAUGAAUUGUACAACAACACCAUCUCCUACAUGCAAUGCGUAUUUAGCAUAACAUUCAGCAUCGUCAAACCAAUUGUCUCACUAGGAGGAACGUACUACUUCGAAUUUGUGACAUCCGAGACUAACCGCCACUUCGAGAGUGUGACACUGCACAUCACCGAGCGGAACUGCCCUACCGGCAUCUCGCCACCUGUACCGUGCCGCACUGACAAGGAGUGCAUCAUGGACUGGGAGAACAAGCCGAUGUGCAAUUGUGCGCGCGGCUACGUGGGCAAGGCAUGUCAAUAUAAAUGCCCAGACCAAGAGGAUUACAUGCUGACUCCAGUCAAUAGGAGUAUUGUACUUCCAACCGACUGCGGAAGCGUCGCCGUCCUUUUGGUCUGUUCCAACGCAACUAACCAGUCCGUGGUGUGGCAGCCCAAGACCCUCCUGAUGCCGAAAUACCAUUCAAGCGAGACAUGGCCGUAUAUCUAUUCGCGUGUGGUGAGACGACCGAUUCACUACACGUGUUUGGACAAGGAUACGGGUGAUGUUCUCGGACACGUUUCUGUUCUUACAGCAAACAAGCCAGUGUUGAUGCCUGGCCAGCAGGAAACGAUACACGUUGACAACAGCUCACAGACAUUCGUGACCAGGAUCGACGUGGACCUGACGAAAACAUUCGGACCCGGACCCCUUGUGUACAGGUGGCGUGCCAUGUCUGUUGGGGAGCUAUGCGGCUGGCCAGGGGAGGACGUCUGUGUGCUGAAGAGCGAUCCUGAAGAGCUUCACGUCGUGCAUCUGAAACACUGCUCAGGUCAAUAUCAAGGGUGUGUUGAGAAUGGCUAUGGGGAAACGUGCAUCAUGGUGCACAUAAUCGUCAAUUCAUCUACCUGCGACCUGAACCCUGUCCUGUUGGGACCCUUCUCUCAGCAGCCGGCCUAUGUAGCAAACAUCACUGCUGGCGGUGAGCACGUGGAGAACGCAUCGUUCUACUUUGACUUUGUGGCCACUACAGGAUUACAGUUGCUGUUGCGCAAUGUUAACACAUCCAUUGUCACCGUUUUUCCAACCGACAACACUACGACCAUGAUCGACAGCCCGCACUGCUGUCAACGAGCUGCCAUGCCUGCUGGAGGCACGUACAACAUCUGCUGGACAGGGGAAACUGGUGGUGUCACGGUAGAGCAGUGCUUCGAGAGCCUGGUCUCUACUCCGCCGCUAGUUCAUGACAGCACACCAGUAUCUCACUUGACCGUUCAGCAGAUGGUUGGAGUAGGUGGCGGAGUGUUUUUUGCUUUCCUUCUGCUAAUCAUUACACUGAUCACUGUUCGCCAUCGGAAAAAGAAUACCACCACAGCACAAACAGAGAGUGAAAGUCUGGACCUCGUCGGUCACCUCGAUUCCGAUGACGAGAUUGACGAUGCUCCAGUGUCUCACGAGAUUGUUGUACCACGCAGAAAAUCUAAAGGAUCCGGACAGAGGAAUGGUGUUACUAGUCGGCAUAGGGGAGACAGCACGACUCUGUUCGCUGACGGAGUGUUGCCUGUGGAGAAUCGUGGAAAGCAAGAGCAAAGCCGACAAGCGCCAGCCACCGCAGAGCGUAGCGUGGCAUUCUCUGGGAUAGCCGAUCAUCUAGCAGUGCCCGAAUGCGAGGAGAGUCGAGCGACGCUGAUAUCGGUGAAGGAGACAACUACAAAUCGUCCCGUACAGGUAGCCAGUAUACACCACAGUGGAGUCAGACCGAGACAUGAUGGAGCCUCGGACAAAACAAGCUAUGCAUUCCACCAUCCGCCCUCACCAGGCAUGCGUAUCACAGCCAGACCUGGAAGGGGUUGUGACGUGGAGAUGAAUGGCUUCAGCUGCGAUGAGCAGUUACUGAAACCCCCGGCGUUUUCACCGUUCCUUCCAGGAUGCUCUUCAGCGGAUGAUACGGCGCGCAAUCGCAGUGUUCCCACCAUGCGAGAACGUGCCAGCAUGCUUGGAGGCGAGGAGCCGGGCGGUGACUGGCUUAGCGAUCAAGGGCUGCGCAGGACUGACAGCACUACGCACAGCACCGUGCAACACUCCAUGCAGCUGAUGCAGAAGACCGACCAGGACAAUAUACAGCAAGCCAGCAUUAUUGAAUACGUAUGCAAUGUUGCCAGCAUGCCUGUUGGAGUGCAUAGUGUCUACCCGGCGGCACCGGAAGCAGAGAAUGAGAGCGGUGACGAGCACCCAGUUAACAGGGAUGUUACGCAGAAAGUGGAUCAAACGGAGCUAUAAACGUAUAGCAUGCCUCUUCCCGUACGCUACGGUUGCCGUGACGACAUGCCACACACCGCAGUAUAAGCUGAUGGUGACGUCCUCUGCGGGGAUGGAUAUCGAGUGUCAGCAAGAGCUUACAGACUAGCUGACCGCAGAAUAUGGAGUAUCAUGAGUGUUGGGAUCGUGGUGAGGUUGUGCAGUGAUCUCUCCCUGUGUAAAACCGCCAACUUGUCUUCGACGGUGCUACCGUGAUCUACCCAGUCAACCAGUCGCCGGGCCGUUGAGUACCGUGACAAUGUGCUGUGAUUUAGAACAGAUGCAAGACCAAGCUCUUUGCCAUUGAUUUCCCAUACGGCGGCUGCUGAGGAUACCAGGCAAGCAAACUGUAAAUCAGCUGCGCCGUUGGUUUUCCCGGCUCAGCAACAUUAGUCAACCGGGGUAACUGUGCACUACUUGGCAGGUUCGCGAUUCAGUAUUUAAUUGAACUACGCUGAACCGAUAACUCAAUAACCUCGUCGUCACGUCACUAUGGGACCAUUAAUUUUACUUCAAUCUAUCAUUAUGCGUGUACGUGUGGCAACGUUAGCCUCUGCGAAUUUCUAAUAGAUUGUCUGCUUCACGCGCUUGUCUAAAUUCUAACGCCAUCUGUAUGCAUGUCCCAGCAGCACUGUGCCUUUCGUUAUCACCUUUAGAACUGGCGUCACCUUCAACUUCUUUGGGUAUGCCACUUUUCUAUGUAGAAAGUGCGCAAUUGCGCCACUUUUACCCUAUACAUGUCAGGAGCGUCGGACACGGUACGGUCACUACGGUAUUGACCGUACCGCUAUUUGCCCCAAGUACCCUGUGAAUCAAUAAAAUGCACUGAUUUGGGCUCUAAUUUCCCAAAACGUUCGGCUCAGCCAUCCCUCCCACACGAGUGAAUUGUACUUCAGAUGGCUGACCGUACCACACUAAAUUACCUUCCGACGCCCCUGCAUGUGAAUAUAACCAUUCCUUUAUCUGCUAUUCAUGUGUUACCUACCUCCACUGAGGAGCUCUUAAUUAAUGAACAAAACAGUUGUCUGGAAGAUAUGGAGCCGCGGCACUGAUCUACCCAAGAACGGACUUCCUCGCUAUGGAGUAUGGUGUUAUGAACGUGGGCCAAGAGCGCAGUGUGGAGUGGUGGACAGUUCAAAUUACACUGAACCAGCAGGGAUAUUGGUCUGCACCGAACCAGCAGUACUCAGUGUGUUUCUCUGUGCAAUAUUAUGUUCUUUUACUCUGAUCUGCAGACAGGACUGUUCGUCUUUUGUGGACUCAUGUGCACAGCACAGAGGAAAUGAGGCCGAACCUGAUAGCAGUGAAAAACAAAAUUCAAAGCCAGGUCUUCAGGGGCGUACGCCGCUCGCCUCCAGGAGUGGUUCCCAUGCCAACUGAUGAACCACCAUUACACACAAUUGAAGUGCUGUUUUUCGUACCCCACAGAGUUUCUGCAUAUUCUCCUCAGACUGGGUGAAAUUGCCAUCCACAAGCUGCUGGACGAUGUCAUUGCUACGCAUUUAUGAUUUUAAAAGACUGAACUUUUCCCCGUUUUAUGGAUGUUUUGGUCAGCAUGACGAUUGCAUGCAGUCUUGAAAGCUGCCUAAGUUUCGAAUCAUCUGGAGCAAACAUCACACAGGCCAAGCAGAAGCCACCAUUGCAUGCCUGUCAAAAGAAUAUCCAGGGUAACUCCUCCAACAAGGAUAGUUGAAAGUGGCGCUGUUUGCCAUCCAUCUGGACACGCACAGGAAAUGAAAUCCUUCGCCUGCGGUGGCGCACAACGAUUGUCGAUGACGGAAAUCUUUUCCGUGUCCAGCAAAUUUCGGGGGACUGGAUUCCACUGUGGACGUCGACUUUCAGCAUCCCUUCCAACACCCUCCCAUGUCAUUGAAGUAAGUUUUGGAUGAUCCAGCAGCUUCCAACAACGGUCGCUCUACAGCUUCGCCGACGAUUUCUUCCUCAGCGCUGCUCGUUGCAUGCAUACUUCACUUGCACGUCAGGUGCGUCUGCAUUCUCAUCUAUCGCUUGACCUUCGCCACUAGCACUGGCUACACACUUUGCCUGCAGCUCAAAAUAGCUCUGAAUAGAGCGCUGGCCCUCUGGAUGUCGACGCUUCAUUUUUCUUUUCCACAAAGCGAAAGCAUCGUCAAAACACGACCAACUUUGUCAAAACAAACUCCAAAAGAAAAUUUGACUCUGAGAUCGAGGAAUCCGGCGAUGUAACUAGACUAGAGACUUUGUUGAACCCAUCAUGGAUGGGUUCAGGCAUGGCCCAGUUCAGUAGAUCUACGCUGUGUCCCACUCCCAGCACCACUUUCACGCCUGGGCUAGUGGUCAGUCACCGUCGACGCGUCCUCGGACCGGCAGGCGGACUCCAGACAUGCACUGCAUGCACUUGCACUGUGAGUCUGUGAGCGCUGGGACUGGAUCAAAAAAUUCUCUGUACCCAUAUCGAAUUUGUUUUACUGGUUCCCGGGCAUCCCGGGAACCGCCCUAUGUACGC